GUUGAUGCUCUGUCCUUCACGACCCACGCUCCGGCUCGUGCUGCUGCCUGUGCGAGCUACAAGAGAGUGCUGACGAUCGUCCUACCUAGGACGCUCCUGGCAAAUCCGUCUCGUUAACCUACUUAUCACGUUCCGAUCCUCGUGGCUGGAAACGUGACUUCACACCCCAUCUGACCCCUCUCCAACACAAGCGUCUUCAUCCCGCCAACCGCCAUCAUCUUUCCACCACGUCCUGGACUCCACCAACUUUAGACCAUGGCAAGGAACAGGAUUCUCUUAACUGGCGCGAGCAGUCUCAUUGGAUCACACAUUCUCAACCAGCUCUUAUCUUACGAUGUAUCUGUUCGGGCCGUAACCGGGUCGAGCGAGGAAGCUCACGCUCUCCGGCAGCAAUAUCCCGCAUCGAAUCCUCCACGACUGGAUUUCGCGAUAGUGCCUCACAGCGACCUCGCCAUUCCGGGAGCAUACGACGAGGCUCUGCGAGAGCAUACGGAGCCUUUCGAUACCAUUAUCCACACUGUCACCGCGGAUCCAUCUGAAGAGGCAGACUGCCUAGCCCGGUUCGUCAAUCUUGAGACCGAAUCCUCGAUCAACUUCUUAAGGUCGGUUCAAGCGCUGACCUCAAGGGUUCGGCGAGUCGUCAUCACUGCUUCACUUUCGCCAUUUGCCCGAUGGUUGGUGGAUCCCCAGGUGGAGAGAAGUCCUCGUGGUGGUAACCCCGCUCCUCACCGACCCGCAGAGAUUGAUUCCGAGUACGUGCUUGCGACCAGCCAGGCGAGCGACAAUAUCGUGCAUGAUGCGCUGCGGAAGUGGAUGAGGGACGCCCAGGCCCGUUUCGAACUUGUCUACGUCACAGCACCCAGUGUCUACGGACCAUCGAUACGUCCCCUACAGAACUCGUCAGAUCUCCAGGAAGCAAACCGACGAAUAUGGAACAUUUGCAGUAACGACUCCCGCGAACGUUUGUCCUCACCGCCAUAUGGGAUUGACUACUUCACCGACGUCAGGGAUCUCGCGUUUGCCAGCGUGCAAGCCGCCUUCAUUCCACAGGCUGGUAACAGGCGUUUCGUCAUAUCUGCAGGGACAAUGCCCUCAGGCGCUGCGGUUGCGGACUUCCUCAUCAGUCGAUUUCCCGAACUUGGGAGCCGCGUACGAUCAGACGGUUCACCGCCACGUCGAGCAGCAGCCGGGGAUCCUCCUCUUGACUUUAUCGACACGCAUCUCGCAUCUUCCAUACUCGGGCUGGUACGGUACCGCAUGGUCGAAGACACACUGAAGGACGUCGCUCAGCAGAUCCUUGAACUGCAUCGGAAGAAGGAAUGGAAAACAGUGAUACAAAGCUAAACAUGUAGUACAGAAUUCAUUCCCGCCUUCUCGGCGCCCAAAGCGCUUGCGAGCGCAUCGCUGUUGGCAACAGUCAGUGGUAACUCGCAAGCUAUCU